AUGACAGAAGUUCAGAAACUACGAGAAAAACAAGACAAAGGAGGGUUCGAAGAAACACAUUCACAGAAAUUACAUCAUCAGGUAACUCCAGAGCUGUGUCCAGUGCAGAAAGAUGAGGAAAAGCCGCCCCAAGAGGCACCUCAAGAGACACAAUCAACUUUACUUGGAGAGUCAGCAAAGUUAAAAGCUCAAUAUCAUCGACAGCUUGCGUCGUGUAAGGAGUUGUUUCCAGAUUGGACAGAAGAGGAUAUCCUUUAUGUGAUUCAAGAGGUCUCGGGUGAUUUUGAAAUGGCAGUGGCACGUAUAUCAGAAGGACGUGUAGGGAAAUGGGGGGAAGUGAAGAAAAGAGGAAAAGAUAAAAUAAAAAAGCAAGAAUCUUUACAAAAUUCAACUUUAUCACUAGGGGGUGAUAGAACAUCCCGUGACAAGGGUCGAGACCCUAAAAAUAUUAAAAAUAAAGAAAGCUCUAGAAGACGUGGGGGUGAACGUUUAAAUGGCAUUUCAAGACGAGAUCGUCAAGCAGGAUCUGGUUCUAUAUCAACUUGGGACGCUUCUAGAAAUUCAGAAAGUCACAGAAAUUCAUUAGAUCCCUCAGGGUCUCAUCCUAAUAUGAAGUCGUCAUGGCCUUUAUAUCAACAAUCAAGAAAUUCCCUAAAAUCAUGUCAAAAUGCAAAAAAAAAUAUGAUUAAUAAAACAACAAUUGAAUAUGAUUUAAAAGAAACAAGAGAUGUUACGUGGGAGGAUUUGAGUCAUGCUAAUCAGGAUUCCAGAUCUGUAAGUGCAUGGAGCGAUGCUGCAACCAAGGCAUCAUCAGCAACAGCAGGAUGGGGAGAAACAGGGUCUUUUUGUAUUUCUAAUCUCGAAUCUCAAAGUUCAACAGUUUCAAAGCCUCGGACGAAAGUUGUUUCUUCUGGAAUUAAACCUUCAUGGGCAUCUUUGUUAAAACAAGAAUCAGCACCGGAUACACAAGAACAGCAGAUCUCACCUGUUUCAAGAACAUCAUAUAGAUCAGAUGAAAAUUAUACCAAUGCAUUUUCUAUCUCUAAAUUAACUGAAAAAAGUGAUCGUGAAAUUAUAAAUGGAGCUAACCAUGUACCUAUUGUUUCUAAGACACCCUUAACUACAUCAAAUCUAGAAUCAAUGAAUAAAGAAAAUAUAGAACACAUUGUAUCAUCGAAAAAUCUCAAAAAUUCUGUAAACAUUACAAGUCAAUCAUUAAAUAAUAAUACAGCAAGAUUUCAUGGGUUUAAUAAAUCGCAUUCUUCUAAAAGCUCUUAUCAUAGACAUUUAAACCAAGAAGCCCCCGUAGUAAUGCCAAAUUCAAAUAAUAUUUCAGAAAGAGUUGAGGUUCGCUUUGGAAGUUUGAAUCUUGCAGGUCAAGAGAAUGGCUUAUUUUUAAAUAGAGAAAAAUUAAAACAGGAAUCUAAUUCCAUGCCGCAAAGUGUUUCCAUGAAUUUUCAUACAGUAGGCCCAACUUUACAAGGAUCCCAGUCUGCAGAAACUUCAGAACAAAACGAAUUACGGCAAUCCGAGAAAAUGUAUCCAGAAUCGUCAAACUCAAUACAACACCCACAUUCAUUACCAAAUCGGAUGUCAACAGUUCCUCCGAAUCUAAACAGACCUAAUCAGCAACUAUCCGUACCUGACCAGAAACAUGGUCAAUAUGAGUCAUUUGAUCAAAAUUCGUACACUGGUUACACAAAUCAAAUUCAAGACCAAGGUUCAAAUUUUAGAAAUUUUUCUGUUCAUGGUGAAUAUCAAGGUUUUUAUGGAUCUGAUGAUCCAAGAUCGCAUUUUGCACAAGGGUAUUAUGAUCCUUCAACAUUUCCUCGUGGACAAUUAUCCAACACCGUUAUGCAUAGAGAUGCAUCUAAUAUUGCAAAUGAAUAUAUUCAGUCAUCUAGAUUUAAUACGUGUGUAUCAGAAGGAUCAACUAUUCCUUCUCAACAAGAUAUUUCUGGCCCUGUUAUGCCUAAACAUGUAUCGACUAAUCCCAAUACUGUUCCUCAGCAUCAUUCAUCAACACAAGGUCAUUACCCUCAAACACAAACUUACCCAAUCCAUCCAUAUUACAAUCCUUAUGCAGCGUACUAUAUGAAUCAAUAUGGUUAUGGAAAUUAUCAUUAUGCAAAACAAGAUGUAUAUAGUCAAUCACAACAUGACUAUCCUAGACCCUAUAACGAAAAUUCAUAUGUUGGUUCUGAUCCAAGCGGGAAAUUCAAUGAGCAUCGUGCAGAUAUAACACGACCUACUAAUAUUGCCAAGUCUCGAGAAUACUCCAGACCUAAAUCACUAAGCUCGGGUCCUAACCAAACAACCCAGUGGCCUUCGCAGCAAAAAACUUCCACUGCCACUAAUUCUCUUGAAUACAACAAUGAAAAAAUUAAUCCUCUGUCUCAUCAAGGAAAUCAUCUACAAGUACAAAAUUUCCAACAACAAAGCCCAAUUCGACCAAUAUAUCCUGGAUCCUCUCAUACAUAUCCUCCACAUUUAGCACAAUCAUCACAACAGCCUCAUUAUCAAGGAACAUCCACUACGCCUGCCACUUCAAGUGCUCCCACUACUACAGGAAUCCCUGCACCAUCAGGAGCACUAAAUACACCAGUACAAUCAACAGCAACUGCACCUCCAUCAACAUAUUCUAUUCGCAAUCAUAACAUUAGAUAUCAUGGACCAUAUCAGCCUUUAUUAAACCGUCAAGACCAUUCAAAUGUCGCAUGGACUAACUACGCCUCUCAUUAA